AUGUUUGAGAAGAGUAAAUUUGUGGUUUCGUUUCUGCUUUUACUGCAGCUAUUUUGUGUCCUUGGUGUACAUGGACAAGAAAGUGGUAACGGUACCACUAGUGACACUGCCUACGCAUGCGACAUCGGUGCAACACCUUUUGACGGAUUCAAUGCUACUAUUUAUCAGUACCAGGCAAGUGAUGACAAUUCAAUACAGGACCCGGUUUUUAUGAGCACUGGGUACUUGCAACGUAACCAGUUGCAUAGUACAACUGGAGUGACUAAUCCGGGGUUCAACAUCUUCACUGCAGGCGUUGCCACCACAACACUUUAUGGGAUACCAAACGUCAACUACCAAAAUAUGCUUUUAGAAUUGAAAGGCUAUUUCAGAGCUGACGCCUCUGGAAAUUAUGGACUAUCACUAAGGAACAUCGAUGAUAGUGCGAUUCUUUUCUUUGGGAGGGAGACUGCGUUUGAAUGUUGCAAUGAAAAUUUGAUUCCCUUGGACGAAGCCCCAACUGAUUACUCACUUUUUACCAUUAAAGAAGGGGAAGCUUCAACAAACCCCGACUCUUAUACGUACACUCAAUACUUGGAGGCUGGGAGAUACUAUCCCGUAAGAACUUUCUUUGCCAACAUAAGAACGCGUGCCGUGUUCAACUUUACGAUGACACUGCCAGACGGGAGUGAACUAACAGAUUUUCAAAACUACAUUUUUCAAUUUGGAGCUCUUAACCAACAACAAUGCCAAGCAGAAAUAGUUACCAGGGAAAAUUACACAACCACCACCGAACCAUGGACUGGUACCUUUGAAGCCACGACCACGGUGAUUCCAAGUGGCACUGAGCCAGGUACCGUGAUUGUCCAGACUCCUUAUUCUACUAUCGACUCCACAUCUACUUGGACCGGUACUUUCACCACUUUCACCACCGAUGCUGAUGGAAGCACCAUCGCCGUUGUGCCAUCGUCGACUAUUGAUGAUCACUUUGCGUCGACUGAAACUGUUUUGACAGACACUGCUAUUUCAACUACUGUUAUUACCGUGACCAGUUGUGGUACCAGUAAGUGUACCAAGACUACAGCACUAACAGGGGUGACUCAGCGAACUCUCACAAUCGAUGAUAGAACUACUGUCGUGACGACUUACUGUCCUUUGCCAACUGACGUUGCCACUAUAAAAACAGCAAGUGUUAGCGGAAGUGAGGUUGUGCAAACAAUCUACACUGCGAAACACAGCCAGGCCGUUUCUUAUGUUCAUCCAUCAACUGUUACAAUCACAAGAGAGGUAUGUGAUGCCCAAACUUGCACGCAGGCUACUAUUGUGACUGGAGAAAUUCUGCAAACUACUGUUGUGGACUCUGGUUCUACAACUGUUGUUCCAAAGUAUGUUCCGGUGGAGACGCAUGAACCAACAUUUGAAUUGAGUACUCUUUAA